AUGGGAAAUAUAAUGUCAGUGAGUUUUGCCCCUGAAUGCACUGAAAAGAAAACCAAGUAUGAUGAUUGUUUCAACAAAUGGUAUACUGAGAAGUUUUUAAAGGGUACUUCCAUGGAAAAUGAAUGUACGCAAUUAUGGGAUGAUUAUAUUACAUGUGUGAAUGCUGCUUUGGCUAAUCAUCAAAUCAAGCCUAGUUUGGAUAAAGCCAGGGAGGAUCAACCGUUCAGUCACGAAGAGAUUUCCGGCAGUGAUAAGAAAUAG